AGCGGAUAAGACGCCACUGCUUCAUACAGCCAUGGAAAGAUUGUCCACAGUCAGCCAACCGGCUCAACAGAAGCAUCUUGGAAAGAAAAAUGAGGUGGGCGACAUAAAACAGGAUGAGAAGCUACAGGUGGAGCAGGAGGCCACAGACGAGGACCAAAGAGUGAUGGCAGGCGAGGCAUUGGACAGGAGGAACAUCUGGGAGCCGAGUGUUUACUACGCUCUGGGAAAGGAGUCUUUCUAUUUUGCUGGUCACGACAUCAGCAUCAGGGAGUCCAUGGACAGCUAUGGUGCUCUGAUCUGGCCCGGGGCGAUAGCUCUGUGCCAGUUUCUGGACAACAACCAGCAACAAGUGAACCUGAUGGACAAAGCGGUGCUGGAGAUUGGAGCUGGAACUGGUUUGCUCUCCAUAGUGGCCAGUCUGCUCGGUGCUUGGGUGACAGCUACUGACCUGCCAGACAUCUUAUCUAAUCUGACCUUCAACCUGCUGCGAAACACCAAAGGCCGGUCCCGCUACACCCCUCAGGUAUCUGCCCUUACCUGGGGUCAGGACCUGGAGCGAGGUUUCCCUUACCCAUCCUUCCGCUACGACUAUGUGCUGGCGGCCGACGUGGUCUAUCACCACGACUGCCUGGAAGAACUGCUCCAAACCAUGCGUCACUUUUGCAGGCCGGGAAGCCGGACGACGCUGCUGUGGGCCAACAAGAUCCGGUUCCAGUCGGACUUGAGGUUCGCAGAGUGUUUUAAAAGCAGCUUCAACAUUACGCUGCUGGUCGAGCUCCCACAGCAGGAGGUGACGAUAUACCAGGCCACGGCGAAGGAGUGACGGGAGGUUUCCUGAGAUGUUUGG